GUCAGAGCAGAGGACACUGUAGUCGCUGACCUAAAACUGAAAAAAAAACUGCUUUAAAUCAGCUAGACGACGUUUACACCCCCUCAGUAGCUCACUUCAGUUCACUAAUCAGAGCUGUAAAGAGCUGAUUUGACUUUUAGAGAGGUGACGACAGAUUAGAGAGACAGAGGAGGGCGUGACAGCCGAGCAGGCAAGCUGCUGCUGCAAGGGGAGGAAGAGCAGGCUAUGCAUCAGCCAAAGCCAGAGGUCAAGAAAAAAAGCGAAAGAAUAGUGAAAAGGUAGACUCUGAGUGAGAGGGGGGUCUUUUGUGAUCUGAGCCAGAAAAACAGAACCAGCCUCUCUUUGUUGUUGUGUGACCACUGAGGGAGGAGGAUGUGAAGGAGAGCAGCAGGGAGGAAGGGAGGCGACUGCAAGAAAGACAAGAAUAUGCUCUCAGAGAUGAUGUGCAGGAGGAGCUGCCAGCAGCAGGAGAAGGAGCAGCAGCAGCAGCAGGAUGGAAAAGGGGCUCCACAGAGGGACCCUUCCAGCCGCAGGAAGCACGGCUGGUCCAAGAGCUGCAGGGGGCGCCUGCAGGGGCGGAGGAGAGGAGGGGGAGGGUGGCCAAAAGGGCGAAAUCACCACCACCAACACCCUCAACGUCAUCAUCCUCAUUACCAUCAUCGCCUACACCUUCAGAGGCCAGUGAUGUCCCUGCGGCCCAUUAAUGUCAAAGGAAACAGAGCGAGGGGGAUGCGGGCCCCCAAGAACACCAACCAGUUUUUAAUGCACGAGAAGUACCAGAUGCUGCACAUGCGCUCCGACUCAGUGGGUAGCGACAGUGGCAGCAGCUCAGACAGCGACAUGGAGCUCACUGACAUGGACUCAUACCUGGGCGUCCUGGAGAAUGCCAGAGGAGCCCUCUUGGACAGUCCCAAUCCACACGGCUCAACGACACCACCAGGACAGAUCCUGGUACUGCACAAGGACAGUCUGCAUCUGCACAAGGAGAGUCUGCGCCUGCAGGAGGACAGUCUGCGUCUGCAGGAGGACAGCAUGCAGUAUUUCCCUUCAGAAGAUGACCUGAUUCAGAGCCAGAACUUCAUGCAGAGGGACUUUGUUGAGUUCUGUGACAUCCUGACGUCCUGAAGGGAAACUUUCAGGGAGCCAUUUUGUUCUCAGCAAUCAAACCUCAGACUGAACGGGGUCAGGUUUGUUCUGCUUCAUGUUCACAGAAAAGAAAGAAAGCUCCAUCUUAUCAAGUCAUUUAGCCUUAAAGUGUUAAGAAUAUGCUUGCAGGGUGAGAUGAUUCCACCAGUUUCCAGCAGAAAUCAACUUUUUAAAAAUAUUUUUAAAUCAAGUGUAAUUUUCUUAAUACUCGUUCAUUGAUCUGCCUUAAUUUGUCUUUUUUCAACAUACUGGCACUGUUCCGAAAACGACAAGAGGAACUGUACUGAGAAAGAGUGAAAUUAUUUCACCCUGCAGGUACUUUUCUAGGCUUAAGUAAAAAAAAUUUACUGAAUGCAAGAUUAAAUGAUAUUAAGACGGAUGUUUUUUACAGUUCAUGUAUGGUCAUGUACAGUGUGUCCGGGUGCUGUAAAGUGCUGCCUUUCUGUUGUUGUUGUUGCACACAAAGGGAGAUGGGCUGGGUGGUGGGAGUGAGCCCAAACAGCCAGUCGGCAUCGAGCUGCCUGGAUUAGGCUGCAGAUGAUUGGCUGAUGCAGACUGUCAUUAACAAAAAAGUCCUUUACAGAAUAAAAAGAAAAAAAAAACAGAAAUAAAUAUCUGAUUGGUGGAA